AUGGCGCCAACCACCAACGCGCUCGAGAAGGCUCUCAUCGAUGGCACCUGCACGGUAUACGCCGCCGAUCCAGACACGACGUCCGUCAACAAGGUCCGCCGACACGCCGAGGAGCAACUCGGUCUUGAAGAAGGCUUCUUCGUAUGCCCUGAGUGGAAGCAGAAGAGCAAGCUGCUCAUCAAGGAAUAUGUCGACAAGCUUCUUGACGGCUGGGUACCCGGACGCGAAGAGAAAAAGGCUCAGUCGAAAUCGGGAACCAAGCGUCAGUCCCCGGAAGCAGAGACACCGAGUCCGAAGCGGCACAAACGCGCAUCCCCUUCGCGAAAGACGACCAAGGGCGAAGAGUCAAAGGCGAGCUUGGAGAAUGAGAGGAAUUCAGAAGUAAAAAAGUCGGCAGCACAUCGCAAGUCCAAAGCGACCGUGUCAGAUGAGCACCAUGUCUUGCCGAGCAGCAAAUCCUCCGACAACAAGAGGGGGGUUGCAUCCAAGGACGAAAUGAAAGGCUCCAAGAAAAAGGCCUCCACGGCAGCCAAAAGGGAUCCAAAGCUGGCCAAGGCGGCGGCCCGUCGCAAGUCUAACGGGGCUGAAUCAGAUGAAGAUGAUUUCCAUGCGAACAGUUCCUCAUCAGGCGGCAAGCGAAAGGCCAAAGCAGUGGGCGACACGAACGACGAGGGCGAUGGCGCAAAUCGCGAUGGCGACGAAAGCGACAAGGAGUCCGUCAAGAACCAGGACGGCUCGGACGAGGAUACAAAGCGGCCGGUGGUCGAGGAGGAGGAGUACUCGGACGUCAUUGACGAGCCUCCCCAACCAAAGCGCAGGAAGAAGACCAAAGGCGAAGGGCCGGAACCGGGAUCCAAAGCGGCGGCCAAGAAGGCGGCGCCAGAGGACAGCAAUGAAGCGGAGAUGAAAAGGCUCCAAUCCCAUCUCGUCAAGUGCGGCAUACGCAAGUUGUGGCACAACGAGCUGAAAAGGUACGGAGAUGACGUGCGUGCCAAAAUACGUCACCUCAAGAAGAUGCUCGCCGAUGCCGGCAUCGAGGGCCGCUUCUCCGAGGCCAAAGCGCGGGAGAUCAAGGCGACGCGGGAGCUCCAGGCCGAGGCCGAGGCGGCCCAGGAGAUGAACCAGCUAUGGGGGAUGAACAGCGGUAGGAGAACAAGCCGCAGCAAGAGCAAGGCGAUGAAGCCGGACAGUGACGACAGCGAGGCCGAUGACGAGCAAAAAGGGGGCGAGCGUGGGGUCGAGGACAAGGACGAGGACGAGGACGGGAGCGAGUACGAGACCUUUGCGUUGAAGCGUCGACGGGCCCAGGCGGACCUCGCCUUUCUGGGCGACGAUAGCGAUUCGGACUGA